GUCAAUAUGAUGUAAAUAGUGGCGGUGUUUCUUUUCUUCGCGGAACUGAAAAAAUAAAUCCUGGCACGACUGAAAUUUUUGAUUUAAUUGAAUUGUAUAUUAGAAUUUAGUUAUUUACAAAGUGGUGUGGUACACAUCAACAUGUCCAACAUUUUGGCUGAAGUGAUUCAAACGCGAGACGCUGUGACUGGGGACGAGUUUCGUGACCAUUUGCAGAAUGUGACCUCCAAGUUGUCCCAGAUCAAAAUGGAUUUGGUCGACUCUCUGCAAUCUACGUUUGUCAUUUACGACUCUGACAUUGACAAAGUCACGUCAUGGUAUGUUGAAAUUCUGGGGAUUAAGGAAAAAGUGGAGGAUUUGAAAACAAAGUUUCAUGAUGAUAAAAAAGCACUAAUAGCGGCUACGGGCGACAUUGACCUGCUUAACGAUGAUUUGAAACAGUGCGAUAAAGGAAUUGAACUUCUUGCAGCGCUAAUCCAAGUGGUCAAAAAUUUGGAGAGAGCUGACCCAGUCGAUUUUUACAAAGCAUCUAAACUUGUAAAUUCUGCAAAGCAAGAUUUCGAAUUACUACGAGGAUCGUUUGAAUCCAUUGAAGACCAUGCGUGGGUUGUAGGAAUCAAAUCAAAAAUUACUGACCUUAUUACCGAUAUUUAUGAAAAUGCUUCAAAGGAACUUCGCUCAGUCUUUCAUUUUCAUUUUGGAAAAAAUAUGUUAACGAUAAAUUUGACACGAGACAUAAACCAACUGAUUGAGACAUUUAUCAAUAUUGGAUACUGCUCUCGGGUCAUAAACAAAUUGGCUAUAGACAUUUGGCAAGAACUCCUCGUAAAGGCGUGUUCACAAGAUUUUUACAUAGAAAUUACGGGUAAACCAAAAAAUGCAUCUGCUGGGAUUGCUUUCCAAGAUACAAAUGGUGACGGAUAUGAAAUUGAAACCGUUCCCGUGAGAGACACAGGUUUCAAAACUGGCCCGAAUAUAACUUGUGAUAAUUCACGUAUGAUAACCAUCAAAGCUGUCAGAACGUCAACCCCUACUUCGGAAGUGCAAGUUGUUUUCAACAAUAUUCACAGCGUGAUAUAUGUUUUCCAUCAAAUAUUUGAGAAUAAUACUGGUGUGAUGAGCGAUUGUUCUACAUUUCUUGGUCCGAAAAUUUGUGAAGAGUUAGGAAACAAGACUUUAAAAAUUCUUGUGUUGCGAAACGCCGAAGGGGACGUGGAAAAAGCGAAAAAUAAUAUUUCAAUAAUUAGAAACUUUAUUAACAAUUUUGAAUCAUAUUUAAAUUUCACAUUUCCUGACGGUACAAUUUUUGAUGAGAUGGAGCGAGACUUUGAUUCCUUAUUCUUGGGCCAAGUUAAGCAGGAUUUGUUGGCAAAAGUUCGACGUCUUGUCAAAGGAAACUUACACGACACGCAAGAAAUCAUUUGGGAUGCAAAGGAUGCAUCGCCAGUUGCUGACGACAUCGGUGGCCUUCAUCGCAAUCCUUAUGCUUUCCCCAAUUGUGUUGUAAGUAAAUGUGUUGUGGAAAUCGUGCACGUGUUGAAGGAACACCUAAGACGAUAUAGUGAUGACAUUCUUAUGUGUGAUGCUGCAUUCAGCUUGUACCUGUCCUUAGUAAAGAUUCCAAAACAUGAAUCAGAUUCGGGAGACUUAGUGCCGUUCUCUGCGGUUCUUGUCCACAACAACAGUCACUAUUUAGCGCACCACGCUACGUUCACAUUUCCAAUGACUGAGGAAAAAGUCCCCGAAUUGCGUUCUAAAGCCACUCAAGCCUACUCUUUCAUGGUUCGCUCUGUUCGAACAAAAUUGAAUUUUUUGAUCUCUGAUGCGAUGACUGCAAUCCUUAACAAUGACGAUGAGUCUUCUCAUACAGAAAUUGAUAAAUUCCUCAAAAUUUCAUCCGAGUUUGUGCGUUUACAUGGAAUGCUUCAAUUCGUUCUUCCUUCUGCAACCUUGGCACGAACGUUGGCCACAUUGGUUGAUCACACUGUGAAUGAAAUGUGCUCAAAAGUUCUUACUUGGGAUGACAUAUCUGCUGCAUGUGCCAAUAAGUUAGCUACUGCCUUUACGCAGUUUGCUGUGGAGACCUCGGAAUUAUUUAAGGGAGAAGCCACAAAUCCCAGAGAAAUAGACGCCCUGGCUUCUAAAUGUGUUUCAAAGUGGAACAGAUUUAGGCUACUUACCUUCGUUUUGACAGCAUCCAUGAAGGAAAUUGAGGACAAGUGGGUUGGAGGUUGUGGGCCUCUGUCUAUGGAGUUUAAAGCUGAAGAGUUGCGGAAGUUGGUCAGGGCAUUAUUCCAAAAUACUGAUCGACGAGCUGUAUUCCUUGCAUCCAUAAAAUGAAUACAUUUUUCUGGAGUUCCCAAUUACUAUUACGUAGUUUACCCGCUUAAAUUAGACUAUUAUUUUAUUCUCGUAAUCAAAAGUAUGAAAUAAUAUUUUUACAAAGUUAGGGUAUGCAAAUAUGCAGGUUGAGUAUUUGUUCGUCAUUUCAUUUUAUUUUAUCGUAUUGAAGAUUGAUUCAACGUCAUCAUUGUUAAUAAAUUGGCAAUUAUAUAUUUAGACAAUAAAAAAUCAACAGUGAAGAUCGAAGAUGAUGAUGUACAAUAAUGAUACAUUCAUGGAACAGGAAAUAUAACAAGGCUUAUAUAUUAUAUACAUAAUUUUAUAUAAUCUGAGAAUCCGAUACGUCGUCGUAAAUUAAACUGCAAUUUUUAUACAUA